UCCUCUUCCGCCCUCAAGGGGGCGCCCGCAGCAGAGGUUCGGCUUCCUUUUCCUUCCCGCUUGAGUUUCCGGGCUGUGGAAAGGCAAUGGCGGCCGGAGGGGUGGACGUGAGGGCUGUAGAUGUGGAGGAAGAUGCCUCCCAGCUGGUCUUCCCCAAAGAGUUUGAGACUGCUGAAACCCUUCUCAAUUCAGAAGUGCACAUGCUUCUUGAACAUCGGAAGCAGCAGAAUGAAAGUGCAGAAGAUGAGCAGGAGCUCUCUGAAGUCUUCAUGAAAACGCUGAACUAUACCGCUCGCUUCAGCCGCUUCAAAAACCGGGAGACUAUUGCUAGUGUUCGCAGUUUGCUGCUCCAAAAGAAGCUCCAUAAAUUUGAACUGGCAUGUUUAGCUAAUCUCUGUCCUGAAACAGCUGAAGAGGCAAAAGCAUUAAUUCCCAGCUUAGAGGGUCGAUUUGAGGAUGAAGAGUUACAGCAAAUUCUUGAUGACAUUCAGACCAAACGAAGUUUUCAGUAUUAGGAGGAACUACCACACCUUUCUAUAAUGUGAACAUGUUGGGGGUUACAUUUAUUCUGAUAAAAUCCUGGCUGUUUUUGACACCAAAGAGAAGCUUAUGCUGGAUUACAAUUCCACCCACACAUUUUUAAAAGGAAUUUUUUGGCUGUUGAGGCUUGUUGAACAUUGACAGAGCUGCAAAAACUCACAACUGAUUGGUUAAUUUAAUAUUCAUUUCCAAAUGUUGUUUUCAUUGUGAAUGUGCACAGAAUAUUUUGGGGAUCAGACACAUUUCAUAAAGAUACCAUUCUCCCUUUGAACAUGUGUUGUCUAAGAGAAAGUUCUUAAUAUUAAUUUUUGAAAAUUGUAAUACUAGAAUCAGGGUCAAUAGUUCGUGUAGUUGAUGUAUGUGAUGAAGAGGUUGUGUUUUCGUAUUCAUUAAUAAUCUUGUACAGUUGUUUUGUGUAAUUAAAGUAUAGUAUUUUAAAGUUGGAGCCUGUGGUUCAUGAAUGUACUUAUACACUUAAUUUUUACACAAUUCCAGUUGACUUGAACAUAGUUUACAAAGGUAGCCAAAGGACUAUUAAAAGAGGGAAGGAAUUAGAUUAUAUUUCUUAUUUUCCACUUGUUUAUGUAUUAUCUGUGUAUAUUACAGAAAUUUCAUAUGUAUGUGGAGAAACACUCUUGUAUGCGUAUCUAAUUUGUUAACUGGAAAUGGAUUUUUCUAAUAUUAAACAUCAUGCUGUCAUAAUAACA